CACGGAUGUAAGCGGCCUCGCCAGGUGAGACGGUGCAAAAAGUAAAUACACAGGUACAGAAAAGAAUGAUUUCCAGAUAACACAUAGUUAUGUACAAAGUACAACAAAAUGGGUCAUCGUCACAUUCUAAGGGUGCCAACGGACAUGCCCUACACAAUGACACCAGGUCCCAAGGAAGCUGGGACGAUGCUAUACCUGUCCCGCGACUUAGUCUGACCUCAGCUUAUGUUGUUGUCUUUGUACUAGCUGGGCUCUGCUUUGCCAACAGCUACGAUGGUGACUUUGUUUUUGACGACAGUGAGGCCAUCCUGAACAAUAAAGAUCUAAGUACAGAUGUACCCGUUACGGACCUGUUCUUCCACGACUUUUGGGGCAAGAAUCUCGCGUCCAAAACCAGUCACAAGUCCUAUAGGCCUCUCACAGUUCUCACCUUCAGGUGGAGCCACAGUUUAGCGGGAGGUCUGUAUCCACUGGGGUUCCACAUAGUCAACAUCCUACUCCACAGCAUUGUCUCUGUGCUCAUGUUAUCACUAUUUUCCAACUUAUUUUCCGAGUGUAUCAUUGCCAAGGAGACGGGUUCGUUAGCAUUUGGAACUCCUCGGGCAUCACUGCUGUGUGCAAUACUGUUUGCCGUCCAUCCAAUCCACACAGAAUCUGUGGCAGGGGUUGUGGGUCGAGCAGACCUGUUAUGUGCCUUACUCUUCAUCCUGUCCUUCAAGUUUUAUGUAAAUUCGUGUGUCCAAGCGGCAGUAGAAAAGGGAGAUAGUGUGCUAUGUCGCCCUUCCUCAUUCUCUCUUCCUCAUAUCCUCCUUAGUAUCGUCCUUUGUGGCAUGUCUGUCUUGUGUAAGGAGACAGGCAUCACUGUCAUUGGAAUCUGUAGUGCCUUCGAUAUCAUUAUGAUCUGUAGGGUGGAUGUGUUGGCCGCUGUUGGGCUGAAAAAAGAAUUCAAGUCACUGGACAAUGGUCACUCCAAUGGUAGCACUGGACACAGAGAGGAUGAUGGGUCAUGGAUUACCUCCCUUGUGAAGCGCCAGCUGUUAUUGUUGUGCGGAGGUCUGACCAUCCUUGCGACACGGUGGAGAUUAAUGGGGUCAACCACACCCACAUUCCAGGUGUUUGAUAACCCACAUUCCUUUGUUAACGGAACACUUACAAGGGUGCUGAACUACAACUAUCUGUACUCCAUCAACGGUUUCCUAUUGGUCAACCCUUGGUGGCUUUGUUUUGAUUGGUCAAUGGGUUGUUUACCUGUCAUCAAGUCUCUGAUGGAUCCCCGGGUUUUGGCUGUAUUUGCAUUCUGGUUGGUGCUCGGAGGAUUGUUGUUUGCAGCAUUAAAUGGUGCCAUGGAUCGGGAGAAACGAUGUCUGUCUAUGGGUCUGGCCCUGAUUGUGGUUCCUUUCCUACCUGCCACAAACCUUCUGUUCCGUGUGGGCUUUGUGAUUGCUGAGCGAGUACUGUACCUGUCUACUGCAGGCUACUGUAUAAUCAUUGUACUCGGUGUCCAGAGGCUUGUAUCAACUCACACCUUCCCUCAGGUGGUGAGGUACACAUUAAUUUUCCUGGUAGCCAUUUUCACUGCGCGUUGUGUACACAGGAGCUAUGAGUGGAGAAAGGAGAUGUCACUAUUUGAAGCUGGUGUAAAUGUCUGUCCCCUUAAUGCAAAGGUGCACUAUAACAUCGCUAAACUUAAUGGAGACCGUGGAAACGUGGAGAAGGCCAUAGAGAAGUACAGAGAUGCCAUCAGUUUAAAUCAUGAGUAUGACCAGGCUAUGAACAACUUAGCUAACAUACUAAAAGACCGGGGAGACCUACAGGAGGCAGAGGAGCUCCUAAUGAAGGCCGUCGGAAUUAGAGAUGAGUUUGCCGCAGCUUGGAUGAACCUUGGUAUCGUCCAGUCUAACCUCAAGAAGAACGACUUGGCAGAGAAAAGCUACUUCCGGGCCCUGCUACAUCGUAGGAAAUACCCAGAUUGUUACUACAACCUUGGCAACUUGUACUUGGAUCUGAAGAUGCACAAUGAGGCUAUACAGGCGUGGAGGAAUGCUACCUUACAGAGACCUACACACUUCAACGCUUGGAACAAUAUGGUCAUCCUCCUGGAUAACCUCAAUCAAGUGGACCAGGCAGAGGCUGUAGGCAAGGAAGCACUCAAGUACAUCGGUCAAGAUGCACAGAUGUACAUCAAUCUAGCCAAUGUUAUGGGGAAAGCUGACCGCUAUAAGGAGAGUGAACAGUACUUUCUGCGAGCCAUCAAAAUUGAUUCAAACUUGGCUAAAGCUCAUGCCAAUUUAGGCGUACUGUACCACCGCUGGGACAAACAUGACCUGGCUGAGAAGUCCUAUAAACGUGCGCUACAGUUGGAGCCAGACUCUGUAAACACACACGACAACCUGAAGAUGUUGUAUAGAAAGAUAGGCAAGGCUAACAAUUAGGUCACUGAAAAUCUGACCAUUCAAUCCAAAAAAUUAAGCUUUGGAAAAAGAUCCAAUUUCCUGUAAGUUUGUAGUUAUGUAUAUGUGACUAUACAUGGAAAGAAGUUUUAAGGCCUACAAAGUCUACGCCAAAAUUAUUUUAAAAAGAGAUUUUCUAAUCAUCAAUCAAUUAAACUCAGUGUGGCAAUUUUGUACCAUUAAAACUAUCCAGAUAGUUUGAUUUCUACUUUUGAGAAAAUUAUACAUCAGCCAUCAGCAGGAGAUACUGGAGUUUAAUGUCUGUCCAGUGGGCUAUCUGUCUGUCUAUCUGUC